GAACAACAAAUCAUGCCCCCGGGCGGGGCAGCUCGUCCGCAGCGAUGAGAAGUACAGCUUUGGAUAACAUUAACACCAUACUAUCAGAACGCCCUCCGCCUCCCCGGACCUACACCAACAAAAAACUAUUCGACCUUGUGCUCCGCAAGCUCUCGCUGGACAUUGACAGUGUCUGUUUAACCGAAUGGAACGCCAGGGAUGUGGCGAGAAUCGUAUUUGCCUGCGGAUUGCUCGCAAAGGAGAACCCAAUCGUUGCGGACGUACUGUUAGCGAAAUUUUUUCCACCGUCUGCACCGGAAAUAAAUGAAGGUCUUGUCGGACCACACUUCGACACCACCGACUCCACAGACACAACAAAAACACCAUCGACAGAUGGGAUCAAGAGCAUGGCGCUGGAGGAGGACAAUGCGGGAGCUACUGAACAAGAACGCGGGGGUGAAACUACUUCUACCGAGAGACCGAGGAACUACACCCCAGAAAUGGAAGAUCAAGAUCCUCUACGUUUUAUCUCCACGAUGAAUGCUGACGACGUUGUCGAUUGCUUUUUCGGGUUCGCGAAACUCCGGCCCGUAUGGACCGCAAAAGGAUCGUAGUCGUAUAGAUUUGCGUUACAAAUUACCCCAGCAUUACAAAUUAAAUUUGUAAUGCUGAUUUAGCUUGAAAAAGAGAUUUGUAAUGCAUAAAUGCAAUUACUACGAGUACGAUACUUUUGCACAGGAUAGCCCUUCACGUUCUCGGACGAGCAUGUGGAUUUUCUGAUUGAAAGGCUCUGUCAGGAAGCCAGGAAGCGGUGGCCGGCUAGGAUUUUGAGAGAACAAGGUAGAAGUCGUGGAGACGACGAUAGAGGCACUGGAAGUACGAGGGGCACCGCUGCUGAAGAUCAUGCUUUAUUUCCACAAACUAAAAAUUAUCUUGAGUUCAAGCAAACCAGGCUGCCGCAAAUCCUGUGGGCUGCCGCAAAGCUGCCGCACCACGCUGCGCUGCGAAGUUUCGCGCUCGAGAAGGUGUUGCCGAUUGUCGAAUGGUUUCCGACCCUGCUUGGAAAGCCGGCACUGUUUGCAGAGGC